CAUUCACCGAGAUUUAUCGUCUUUAAAUGCCCGAUGCGCGCCAUACGCCCUGAAAUUUCCCCGUCGCAUUCUCUUAACUCGGAUUCACACCUCCAAAUCUUUCCGCGCCGAUACUGAAGUCGGCACCGGCCCACUUUCACUCGCGACCGUCCACUCAAUGAGCUCGAUAUAGGCGGACGGCUAUACCACGCGUCGAUUGAGCUUACGAUAAAUCCAUCAACAUGAGUAGCGAUGAGGAUGGUGCCGAACUUAUGGCGGCAUUUAAGAAACAGGGCGGUCGCCAGUCAACUGCGACCUCUUCAAACAAGCCAGCAUCGUUCUCGCCGGGAGACUUCAUAUCAGACGAUGGAUCGGGAGGCGAGGAACACCAUUCCCAGGUCGGAAGUUCCCGCAAAAUGCGAAGAGCGUUGUGCGUGCGCCCAUCCCCAGUCCGCAAUAAGAAUGAAUACACGUACUACGAACCAAAAGAUGAGGUAGAGGGUAUCAUACGCGAGUUUACAAGGAGGGGAGAGAUGUUGUAUGAAGUUAGGCUUUGGAGCGACAAAGUCAAAGUGAUCAACUUUGACGAGCUUCUAGAAUUACCAGGUGGUCCACAAGCACUGAAGAGCCUCCAGCCAGACGACGAUCCGAACGCUACAUCCACCAGUGCAGACGAGAAGAACAUGAGGCUCCGUGGCAGGGCUUCGAAGGCGCAAAAUAACGGCUUCGUAGACAUCUCGACCAUUGCGCUUUCUUCCUCUGAGGAGGACGAGCUUGCUUCGACAUCACGAAGGCCGCGCAAUGGUCGCAUCCAUACAUUAGCAAAGCGCGAUUCGGAUAGAGAACGCUCAUCGAGGACGCGGUCACGACAAAGCGAUCUCGUUGAGCUCUCUACAAGCGAGGACGUCGACGACUACGAAGACGGAGGUAAGAAGCGGGGGCGAAAGCGCAAAGGCGUACGGAAACCCACCCGUCGCUCCACCAGACAGCCAAUGCCUGUGCAAGCAUACGACGAUGAUGAAGAGGAGGAAGAAGAGGAUACAGACGACUCUGAUGCUUCUGACAUCCUGCGUUCGGACAUACUACCGGGUCGGAAGCGGAAGAGACGCACGUUACCCACUUCGAGGUUAGAGAAAAUGCCUAGAACCGGUGUGCGUCAAUCUGAUCGAUCAACACGUGCUACCAAUAAUAUGGAAGAGGCUACUAUGGACGACAUCUACCGAUCAGACUCUGUACCCAAGGUGAGCGCACAGAAAGUGGCUGUGGUUCGCGAGGUAUUUGCAACACUCCCGCGACGCGACCUUUUCCGAUCACGCCACGCCGAAGGUUGCGAAGUGUGCUUUGACGGACCCAACGUUGCGCCUCUCAUUUACUGCCAGGGCUGCUCCCUCGCAUACCAUAAGAACUGCUUAGGAAACCGAUCCAGUCGUGAUCAUCUUGUCACCAAGGUCGAUGACGAGAGCUUUGUGUUGCAGUGCAAGCGGUGUAUUAACUUCUACAAGAAAAAAGAUGCUACCGCCCCUGAUUUGUCCAGGUGCCAUGAUUGCGUCCAACAGGGUGCUUCUUGUAAACCCUUCCGGCAUCGCAAGACGACACAGCAGGAAAUGAAACUUCGAGAGGAGAAUGGUGGCCAAGACCCGAUCGUUGACGUGCCUUCUACGCUCAUCAAUAACGCUCAUAACGUACUGUUUCGCUGUACCAAAUGCUCUCGAGCAUGGCAUUACCACCAUUUACCGCCCCUGUCUCAGUAUGCAAUGGACGUCAAUCGUGACGACGAGGAGAUGGCAGAUGAGCGCUUUAGAGAGUACUCUGGAAAGUGGCUGUGCAAAGAGUGCGAUGACACGGAGGACCAGAAAGUUGGAGGCAUAAUUGCCUGGCGACCGUCAGAUGUCGAAACCUACCGCCCUGGAACCUCGUGCGAUCUUGUCAGCGAAGAUGACAAGCAGUACUUGAUCAAAUGGGAGAACCAGUCUUAUUUCCGCGCGGCUUGGUACUCCGGAGCUUGGACAUGGGGUGUCACUGCUUCUGCCAUGCGAAAAGCUUUCUUUAAGCGCGAGGACGGACCGAAGAUGCGAACCGAGGACGCUAUACCCGAGGAGUUUCUACGUAUCGACAUUGUCCUAGACAUCAAAUACACCAGCUACGUGGAGGUCCGUAGUGAAGAGAUCGACAAGGCUAGGAUCAAAGAGGUAGAUAAAGCCCUUAUAAAGUACAAGGGCCUCGGCUACGAGGAUGCGGUAUGGGAGAAGGUACCUACAUCAGAAGAUGGCGACCGGUGGCUGGAUUUCGUCACUGCCUACAAUGACUGGAUCGCUGGUCGCUACAUCAGGUAUCCCAAGCAAGGCCCAUUGAAGGGGCGUCUCGAAAAGACCCGUAACACGCCAUUUGAUAAGCUUGUGCGGGAAAAGCAACCGGACAACCUUGUCGGCGGAGAACUAAUGAAGUACCAAGUCGACGGUCUGAACUGGCUUUAUUGCCGAUGGCACAGUCAAGAGAAUGGUAUACUUGCCGACGAGAUGGGACUUGGCAAGACUAUUCAGGUUAUUGGCUUCAUGGCGACCCUGAUUCAAGAGCACAACUGCUUUCCCUUUCUUAUUGUUGUCCCCAAUUCUACUUGUGCCAAUUGGAGGCGCGAGAUCAAGCAAUGGGCGCCAUCUCUGCGCGUUGUCGCAUACUUCGGGUCAUCUCAAGCUCGUGACAUGGCCUACAAAUAUGAGAUGUUCCCUGAAGGUACAAAGGAGUUACGAUGCCACAUCGUAGUUACUUCGUAUGAAGCUGCUACUGAUGAUAGCUGCAGGAGGUUCUUCCGUAGCGUCAGCUGGGCAGGUCUUAUCAUCGACGAAGGCCAACGACUGAAGAACGACAAGAGUCAACUAUACACGGCCCUAACCUCAGUGAGGGCCCCCUUCAGACUGCUCUUAACCGGUACGCCUUUGCAGAACAACGCCAGAGAGCUCUUCAACUUGCUUCACUUUUUGGAUGAGAACAUCAAUGCUGCUGAGCUUGAAGAGAAAUACGCUGAAAUGACGUCGGAAAACAUCAAAGAGCUUCAUGCCAAAAUCCGACCCUAUAUCCUUCGACGAACUAAGGCUCAAGUGCUGACCUUUCUUCCGCCACUGGGUCAAGUUAUCCUGCCCAUCUCCAUGAGUCACCUGCAAAAGCAGCUCUACAAGUCCAUCCUGUCGAAGCGCCCCGAGUUGCUGAAGGCCCUCUUUACUUCAGACAAGACACUGAAGCAGCAGGAACGAGCCAACUUGAGCAAUAUCCUCAUGCAACUACGCAAGUGUCUGUGCCAUCCUUUUGUGUAUAGUCGUGAGAUCGAGGAGCGCACUGACAUUGCUGCUGUCUCACACCGCAACUUAGUAGAAGCUUCCGCCAAGCUGAGUCUGCUAGAAAUCCUCUUACCGAAGCUCAAGGAGCGCGGGCAUCGCGUCCUUAUCUUCAGUCAAUUUCUUGAUAUGCUCAACAUCAUAGAAGAUUUCAUGGACGGUCUGCAGCUCGCAUACCAGCGCCUUGACGGCACAAUGGGCUCUCUUGAAAAACAAAAGAGAAUCGACCAGUUCAAUGCACCCGACUCUCCGCUGUUCGCCUUUUUGCUCUCUACUCGAGCUGGUGGUGUUGGUAUCAAUCUCGCUACUGCUGACACCGUCAUCAUUCUCGACCCUGAUUGGAAUCCGCAUCAAGAUAUACAAGCUAUUGCUCGAGCGCAUCGAAUUGGACAGAAGAAAAAGGUUUUAUGCCUGCAGCUUACGACAAGGGCAUCGGUUGAGGAGAAGAUUAUGCAAAUGGGCAGGAAAAAGAUGGCGCUUGAUCACGUUGUCGUUGAACAGCUUGGAAACAGCACCGAAGAGAUUGAAGACCAUGACGUGGAGUCGAUUCUCAAGUUUGGCGCAGCAGAGCUCUUCAAGGACGAUGGUGCAGAUCACGAUAUUCGCUUUGACGACGCUUCCAUCGAUAAGUUGCUAGAUCGCAGUCAAAUUGAGAACACUAAGACGAGCGGUGACGACGACUCAGCAGAGUCCCAAUUCAGCUUUGCUCGUAUCUGGGCAAAUGACAAAGGUGGUCUACAAGAGGACUUUGAUACUGUGGAUGAGGAGGUCGCUCCUGAUCCAGGCGUCUGGGACAAGAUCCUCAAGGAACGUCAAGCGGCGGCAGCGAAAGAAGCACUUGCCCGAGCGGAGGCUAUGGGUAGAGGUAGGCGAGCUAAAGCAAAUAUCGACUAUGCCACGGAGAAAGAUGGCCUUGAGACUGCGUCGGUUGUUGGAGAGGACGUCUUUGAGGACACGAUUCCCUCACCAAUGCAAAAGCCAGACAAGAGACGCAAGAAGAAAGCUAGCUCAGAGAGCGACACCGACUUCCAAGCCGACACUGAGGAGGAAAGCGAGCCAGACGCUAAUGCGUCAGACGAUGGUGAUGCUGCAAAAGAACUCGGCGGCGAUGUGCAACGUCGUAGUACUACGACCGUAAAAUCCACCUUGUACAAGCAAGAUGGCGCAGCUGCGUCCAACAUCUCAUUCAAGUCACCUUCAAAGUUUCCUCCUGUCACUCUCGCCCUACACAGCGCCACCAAACAAGCUGCGCCAUUCAGAAUCGAGACCGCAUCAGCUCCAGCAGACCGGACAGCCCGGGCAGCGAUAAAGGCACCAAAAAAUAACAGCAGCACAGUGAAACCGUUUCGCCGCGCCAAUCUCCCCGUCCGCUCCCCUCUCGAGCCUACCUACGGCUCCUUUAGUAACAGAAUCUGCAGCGCGUGCCUCAAGAACCACCCCGAGGGCGCAUGCGAUCUCAAAGUAGCGGGCGUUGAACACUGUGGACUCUGCGGACUCGCGCACUUUGGACACUCUCGCACAUGCCCACACAUUAAGUCUGAAACACAGGUCCGUGAGAUGUUAGAUGCACUAAAGAACUCGCCGGAGAAGAAGGAGUUGGUGGAUUUGGCAAUGAAGUACUUGAGGGGGGUGAAGGGGACUUUGGUGCAGCAGAAAAAGAAGGAUCGAGAGAAGGCCGCGCUGUUAAAGACUGGCGUGCCGCUCCCAGCGCCCGUAAUGGGCUGGCCGCCGAAGAACCCGAAUCCAGGUCAGAAUCAAUUCCGGUCAUACGUGCCGCUACCAGGUGCUGCGGAGGGAAAUGGAGUAUUGCCGCAGAGCACGUAUCCUUCAGGCCCACCUCGCCGGGAUGUGCCGAACGUUCAUACUUCACCGGUCAAUCCGGCACCAGGGAGCGUGGGAAGUCAUCUCCAAGAUCGAUCAGCGCAGCAGCAGCACGCGAUGCAGAUGCAGGCUCAAGGCACUUUCGAAGAUGAGCACGUAGAGAGUGCAUUGCGCGGGUUCCUUGAGCGCUAGAAGGUGCGGCCAAACAGAGUUGAGAAACGAUAAACUCUUUUUCGCAGAGGGCUGUUAUGACUCUUUGCUGUGUAUUAUUCCUUCAUGCAUUUGCUUUCAAUCUGGUGGGUUACAGAAUGCAGCCUUCACCGGCUGCUGCCUGACCUGCAAAUGGCGUUUUGGGUUGGAGGGAUUCGGAGUUAGCUUCGCCAAUCUGAUGCGACUGGAGUUGGAUCAGUCAUUCAGACAGAUCCCCCGGUGGCGAUAUCAUGCAUGUGUAUUAGAUAGAUCAAUCUAUACAACGAAUGAUGCCCAAG